GCCGGGCCGCUAGCUCCGCGCCGCGCAAUCCGGGAUAACAGUUUUAUUUCCCCGAAUAAACUUUAUCAAACAAAGCGCCCCGCGCCCUGCAUCUGUCCGCCCAGCUGGCCGGUGCAGCUGGCGGCCCCGUCUCCCUCGCACGCACGCGCGCACCCCGCGCCAGAGCGAGACGGCGCCCUCGCUGUAAGCGCCGAGGCCCUUCAAUUUCCUGCACGGCCCAUUCGCAGUCAGUAUCCCGCCGGCGACGCAAUAAUGACGAGCAAAAGGAAGUGCGAGCGCGACAUCACCGACCGCCGCGCCAAGCGGCAGCGACGCCGCAAGCGGUCCCACAGCGAGCCAGCUAUCGACACCGACAGCGCUGAGAAGCGUCAGGCGCUGAAACGUCUUUUUGGGAGAUUGUGCUCGGUGGAUGUGGACUCCACCCGCGACGAGGAACCGACGCUGAUGGAGAGCGAGCCCGAGGAGUCCAUGUUCGGGGACGAGAACGAAGACCCUCUGCUGGAUUCGGUGCCGGAGGACAUGGACCCGGAGCAGCUGGGUUUCCUCGUGUGCGCUCAGGAAACGCUGCGCUUCCUGAACGUGCGAGGAAUGCCGCCGCAGCACCCGGUGUUCAUUCGCCUGCGCUCGCGCCUCCUGCGCGGGAUCGACGAGAUGUCCGCCGCCUGAGAUACGCUUGGCCCUGAGCCUCCAAGAAGAACCAACUAAUCCCCCCUCUUCGUGCCUCCCAAAGACCCAGUCUAUUUUCUGAGUGUUUUAUGUUUUGUGUAUAAAGUGUUUUACUCUUCUAUCCCUCCGGCCUUACACGGAUAUUCCGGAUCUGACCCGGACGUUGGUUCUCAAUAUGUUUACAAACAACAGGUGGCCCGGUUUGGGUAUCUAGUCAUAUUCUAGUCAAAAUAAGAAAUAUAUUUGUUGAACAUAAUGUGAUAACUAUAUUAUAAUAAUUUGUGAAUUAUAUCUUCACUUAUUUUUCCCCAAGUGGACUGGUGAACUAUUAAUUAUGAACAUUUUAGUUGUAUUCACGCUCAAACUUACUUUAACUCGUUUAAUUUAUUGUUGAACUAUUCUCGUAGCUAUGUGUAAGAAAUAAAUGUUUGUAUAUCUUAUAUAAAAGUUGGCGUAAUUAAAUCAAAAAGAAAAUGUUUAGAUCAUGACAGUUUGUGAAACAAUGUUCUGAUACGUUUUGUUUCGAAAAACAUUAAAAUUAGCACAAAAAUGUUUAAAAACGUUUAAAAUUAUGUAUGUAAUGGUUCUUAAUAAAUAAUCCAUAUGUGA